AUGGAAACAAGAGUGGCUUCACCAGCUCAUUUUCUGGUCAAGAUCAAAUCUUUUUCCUUGUUUGAGAAGCAUGGUAUCAAGAAAUUCAAGACGAGGGAAUUUGACGCUGGGGGAUACAAGUGGAAGCUUAAGAUUUACCCAAAUGGAAGGGAUGAACACGAAGGGUACGUGUCGGUGUACUUAGCCAUUGUGGAUGAUGGCUUGCGUGCGGGCUGGGAGGUGAAUGCCGACUUCACGAUCUGCUUGUUUAAUCAGAUUUCAUGCAACUAUCGCUAUUCACAAGGAAAAAGUCGUCGUUUUCUUGCAAUGAAGACAAAAUGGGGCUUUCCCAAGUUCAUCUCCAAGAAAGAACUUAACGAUCCUCUCAACGGAUUCCUCAGCCACGACAAUUGUGUGUUUGGUGCUGAAGUUUUUGUGAAAGAAAAUAAAGCAGUGAUUGAUUAUCUGUCUUUGAAGAAUGUUGUUGAUGCUCCCUUCAAGAAAAAAUGGAACAUUCCCAACUUCUCUAAAUUGGGGAGUGAAUGGGUUUCACCCGAGUUCUCUGACGGAUGCCAUAAAUGGAGUAUAAAGUUGUAUAAAAAUGGAAUUGGGGAAGCUAGCGGACACUUCUUAUCUCUUUUCUUAUACUAUAUUCCUAAUCCUACGGAUGGUAACAAUGAACGACUGCACACGCGCUUUACAAUCUGCAUGAAGAAUCAGCUUAGCAGUAAACACGAAAGUUACGUCGGUAAUGAUUGGUUUUCAGCUGGAAAGCUUAGCUGGGGAUGGCAUUCAUUUCUUGAGGUUGAUAAGGUGAAUGAUCCUAAUGAAGGCUUUAUCGUGAACGAUUGUUGUAUUAUAGAAGUAGAGAUAUCUGUGCAAGCUAUAGCAAGCUCAGGCUGA